UCCGCCCCCGUGUAUCAUGUGACACUCGGUACCUCUGAGCUACCAUAAUAAAGAAUUGUUUGCGUUGCUAAAUUUGGUGAAAAGAAACUUCUCGGCUCCCGCAUUAACGCGUAGCUACCGUCAGAAUGAGGCUGCGGUGUUUCGUGUGGGCUCUGUGUCUCGGAGUCGGUGCUCUUGCGGGAGGAAAAUACUCCCGGGAUGUCAACGAGCCCAAACCGAGCGGCAGCGAAGACAAGCACCUGGUGGAGUUUAGGAUAGCUAAACUCCACCAGGUGUGGGAGAAAGCUCAACGGAUGCAGCUGUCCCCGGUCCGGCAGGCGGAGCUGCACAGUGACCUGAAGAUCCAGGAAAAAGAUGAGCUGCGGUGGAAGAAAAUGAAAGUGGAGGGUCUGGACGACAACGGGGAGAAGGAAGCCCAAAUCAGACGCAACUUCAACGUGAUUCUGGCCAAGUAUGGGAUGGAUGGGAAAAGGGACGCACGGUCGCUGGAGACCAACUCGCUGAAAGACCACGAGACCAAAGAUGGAGACAUAUUUGAUGACCCCAGACUGGACAAGCUUUGGAACAAGGCACAGAACUCGGGUAAGUUCACCGGUGAGGAGCUGCAGAGCUUGAAAAGGGAGUUCCAGCAUCACAAGGAGAAAAUCCACGAGUACAACAUCCUCAUGGAGACCGUCAGCAGGACAGAGGAAAUACACAAGAAUGUGAUCUCCCCCCUGGAGGGCGACACCAAAGAGCACGUGCUGCAGCAGAAGCACACGGAGCUGAAGGACAAAAUGAGAAACCUCAACCACGGCUUCGAGCGCCUCCGCAAGAUCAGCCAUGAGGGCUUCAGUGAAGACAGCGAGUUUCGGGAGCCUCGUGUGAUUGAACUGUGGGAAGCAGCCAAGCGAUCCAACCUCAGCACAGACGAGCUGGACUCUCUGAAGGAGGAGCUGCAUCACUUUGAGGCCAAGGUGGAGAAGCACAACCAUUACCAAGAGCAGCUGGAGUUGUCUCACCAGAAGCUGCGACAUGUGGAGUCUUUAGGAGACGAGGAGCACAUCAAGAGGAACCAGGACAAGUACAACACACUCGCUGAGAAGACCAGAGAGAUGGGCUACAAGAUGAAGAAGCACCUGCAGGACCUGGCCAACAAGAUCUCUCGUCAGGGUCUGCCGCACAACGAGCUCUGAGGGGCUCGGCUCCUGAUGGCGACCUCGCCGACACCCAGCAACACCAUGCAACCAUUCCUUUAACUACCGGGUACUUUAUGAAACAAUGUGUGGAAGGAUAUUUCAUUUGUUAUACAAUCACUGAACUGUGAGCCGAUUUGAUCGAUCGUGAUCGUUUCCAUAAAAAGCUGGACGUUGAGUUCAUAAUAAACCGUUAGUUUGUAGUUGAGUUGAGCUUCUGAGCAGCAGUUGGUCCAGUUUGUUACUAACUGUGCAAAUAAAUACAAACAAAAGCUGCGGACGUUCUCUAUAAGCUGGUUAGCAGAUUAGGAGAGCAAACAAGAAAACCAGGACUCCACAUUAAAUCACAAUCUUUAUUUUGUAAGAAGAAAGCAGCAUAUGUACAUAAAUGAUUUAAAAAAUCUUGUCCAACAGUUCUCCUUGUUUGAUUUAACAAAAAAAAAUCUAUUCAUAUUUACAAGUUUUGUAGAGGAAAGUCGUCUCUGCGGCGACAUUAAAAAGCUUUUACUGGCACCGUGUUACAUUUUCCCAGCUCAUCCCUCAUGCUGGUUUUUCCCUCCU